AUGGCUCUUGUUGUCGGUCAAGAUAUGGCAACAGAGAGUUUUGCUAGAACUUUUGUCGAUAUAGACUUGGAUGAUAUUAAUGAAGGAUCAAUGCCAUUAAAUUUCGACACUCAACAUAUCGAUGAGGAAAGAACAAACGUAUCUUUAUCUGGUACAUCAAAACGUAAAAGGAAAGAAAACGUCGAGGAUGAUCAUAUUCAAUUUGUAGGUGAGAAACUUGGUGAGAUUGCUAAAGUACUCAAAAAAUUUACUGAGGAUAGGACACCAUAUCUUUACAAAGAAGUUAUACCAAUGGAGAAAGAAAGAUUUGGUGACGAAUUUCUUUGUGAGAUCUUUGAUUUUCUAACCAAGAAUGAGCUUGAGGCCAAAAGAAUCAAGGCAGAUGGAAAGUAUCUAAAGCCUCACGCAGAGGGCACAAGUUGCGGGGAGGACUCAUUUCAGUUUGAUUUUCACCGGGGAAGUGUUUAUGGCCGUCUAAUGACGACGACCUAUCGUCGUCCUUAUUUUGGGGUCUUGAACGAAAGGAACAAACUUAUCCUGAUGUCGGGAAGUCUGUCCGAGUACGAGUAUGGUGACGGAAGUCAGUUGAGACUCGAUGAUGCGCCUGCGCCGGUCGGUCCGACUGUUGUCGAUGUGGAUGAUUUCGGAGCUAAAGCUGAUGGAAGUGAUGAUUCUAAGGCGUUUAAGGAAGCUUGGGAAAUUGCUUGUAAGUCGUAUCAAGGAGCUAUUAUGUUGGUCCCUAAGAACAAGAUUUAUCAUCUUAAGCCAGUUGAUUUCUCUGGACCGUGCAAUUCUCCUCUUAUAUUCAAGAUCUUCGGGACAAUUAAAGCCACUGUCCAUCACUCGGAUUACACAAGCCGACGAUGGCUUUACUUUGAUAAUGUUCAGAAUUUAAGGGUAGAAGGUGGAGGCAUCAUCAAUGGCAAUGGCAGAACAUGGUGGCUAAAUUCCUGUAAAAUUAACACCGCCCUCCCUUGCAGUGAAGCACCAACUGCAGUAACCUUUAGCCAAUGCAGCAAUCUGAAAUUGGCACGGCUGCGGAUUGAAAAUUCUCAACAAAUGCAUCUUUCAUUUAGCAAAUGUAUCAAUGUAAAAGUCUUCAACCUUUUCGUGAUCGCUCCUGGAAACAGCCCCAACACUGAUGGAAUCCAUGUGACUGAAACCCACAACAUACACAUUAAGAACUGUGUCAUCAGAACUGGUGAUGAUUGUAUAUCCAUAGUGAGCGGCUCGCAAAAUGUUCGAGCCACAGGCAUAACUUGUGGACCAGGACAUGGAAUCAGCAUUGGGAGCUUAGGAGCUGGAAAUUCUUCGGGUUAUGUGUCUAAUGUAAUAGUGAAUAGAGCAACACUUUCGAGAACCACCAAUGGAGUUAGAAUAAAGACUUGGCAGGGAGGAUCCGGGUAUGCCAAAAACAUAAAAUUCCAGAAUAUAAUGAUGCACAAUGUGAGCAAUCCUAUAAUUAUAGAUCAAUACUACUGUGAUCAUCAUCAAUCGCCAUGCCCCAAACAGGUGUCAGCAGUGCAAGUGAGUAAUGUUGUUUAUAAAAACAUCAGAGGAACAAGUGCCUCCAAUGUGGCCUUGAAAUUCAAUUGCAGCCAGACGCAUCCUUGUCAAGAGAUUUACUUGCAAAAUGUAGCUAUAAAAUCAUCACAAGAAGAUAAAGAAGAACAUAUUGCAGAAGCAUCAUGCUCUAAUAUUAGAUUGUCUUACCGAGGGGAUGUCUCUCCACCUUGCUGAUCAUCUUCAUCAAUCUCUGCCUCAGGAGAAAAGCCAAACCAAAUUCCAUAAAUUACUCUCAAAUUAGA